AUGGGGGGACCCAGGGCGGGCGCCCCCUCUGCACCCUUGCAGCCGCCGCGGCCGCCUGCCACUCAGGCAGGGAAAAUCGGCUGUGACAGGCCCAGGAAGGCCGGACCCCCAGGGCCGCGGCAGGCGCGCAGCUCCUCGCCCAGCAUAUGGCUGCUGUCGGCCGCGGGCGAGGGGGCGCGGGGGCUCCCCAGGCUGUGCACAUGCCCCCGGCCGCAGGCCACACUCCGGCCAGCCCUACCGCCCCCCGUGCCCGCCGUCACUGUCCUGGGCCCCGGCACUGCUCCCAGGGUCAGCAGCCUACAGCUGGCAUCCAGACGCCCGGGACGGGAGCGGACCCCCCGUGGCCCAGACCCUGUGCUGGCAGCCGCAGCCACUCCCGGGCCCCCGAGGGCUCAGCCACUCCUGCGCUCCCCGGCCUUUGCGGGAGAGUACCCCCCGCUGACGCCCGUCACACCGCUGCGGGGACCCCGGGAGACCUGGCCGGCCGCGCGCACCCCCGCACCCCCGCGGCAGCCUGCAGGCGACGGGGGCGGGGAUGGUGCCGCCCCACUCCAGCCGCACACCUGCGCCCGCACUCGGCGGCCUCCCUGCCAGCUCGGCACUGCCACCGUGUCCCCGGCCACCGUGUCCCCGGAGCGGCCGGCGCUGCCGACAGGGCUGAGCGAGAGGUGCAGGCACACAGGUCGCUGCACCCCCAGCCCCCACCCGGCGCAGGCGCAGCAGUCGGGCGCCAACUUCGGUGGGUGCGAGUCGGCGUCGGGGCGACGGGAGGUGGUGGCGGCUCCAGGAGACUCCAGCCAACCUGGCCUGGCCCCACAUGAGGCUGACCCCCGCAGAGACCUCCAGUGCACACCCAGCGCCCCGCUGCUCAGGAACACGCAGGCACGCGGCCGUGAGACGCAGAGCUGGUUUCCCGGCACCGCGCAGGCUCUGCAGGGGGGCGAGCGGUGGAGGGUGGCCCGGCAUGGGGUCGCCGCCCGGAUGCCCACCGUGGCCAUGGGGCCAGGCCGGGCCCGCUAG